AUGAGCUGGGUGCCGCUUCUAUACCCGCAUCCAAUUUAUUGUGCAAAUCCUCUGGCAAUUGGACAAAACAGCAUAGAAAUGGCUCCAAUGAAUGUUCCGUUUGCUGGUCAAUAUUAUAUGAACAUUGUAGUUCAAGAUCAUGGACCUCUCAAUUUUUUCUUGUCUGCCAAUAUGUCAUGGUCCAACAAUAAAGACGGUGGUGGUUACGUACAAUUUGGCAAAAGUCAAGUAAUUCGUCCUCUCGGCCGUGGCUGGUACAACUUAAACCCUGUGGUUUAUGACAUGAAACUAGAGUAUAGCUAUGCUAACAACGAUAACGAACCACUACAAGUCAGAUGGUACAGUGGAAAGGCUCCUGUGGAUUGGCUACCGUACUGUGACUGA